AUGCGGACCGAUAUCAUCUUCGGCCUGCUGGUCUCAUGUCUGGCUUUCACUUCCUGUCGAGCAGAUCUGCUCUCCUAUGCGGAUGAAUUACCAAAAUGCGCGUUGAGCUGCUUGCUGACGACAAUACCGGCUUCGGCCUGCGGUAAUUUCACAAACUCGACCUGCAUCUGCACAGAUACCGACCUUUCUGCGGCAACAGGUGCAUGCGUGGCCGCCAGCUGCACGGUGAUGGAGCAGCUAACUUUGGUGAGGACCGAGCAAGAAGCAUGCAAUAUACCCAAGCGAACGAGAAGAGACGAUAUACCCGGUUUUGUCGUCUUCUGGGCCGUUACAUUGCUGUGUCUGGCUAUCAGGUUGUGGGUCAGGUAUUCGACGGCAACCGAACUAGCGAUGGACGAUCUUGUGGUGGUGUUGAUGCUGCUGGUUCUUAUUGCCUUCGUGGGUCUGGGCCAAUAUGUCCGGUUCACUGCGAUUGGCUUCGACAUAUGGAACCUGGAUGAGGCGACCGUCACCAUCGCGCUGAAGUUGUUCUUCAUCGACGAGUUGCUGUAUACGGUCGUCCUGGCGCUCUGCAGGGUGGGAAUCCUCAUGUUCCUGAUCCGCGUCUUUUCUUCGGUCCGCAAUUUUGCGACAAUAUGUUAUAUCGUGAUGGCCUGGGUUGUGGUCUCGGCCGUCGUCAUCGUCCUUAUGACAGUCUUCCAGUGCUGGCCGAUUCCGUACAACUGGCUCGGGUGGAAAGGCGAAUUCGGCUCCCAUCAGUGCCUGGACCUCAACGUGCUCGGUUACGUGGCGGGCGGGCUGGGCAUUGGGCAGGAUCUGGUGAUCCUCCUGAUACCGCUCCCGGUGAUCACUUCGCUGCAGAUGCCGCUGAAACGAAAGCUCUUCACGCUGUUCAUGUUUAGCCUGGGCAGCUUCGCACUGGCCAUAAGCUGCAUCCGGCUGCGAUAUCUCGUGCAGUUCCGAAAGAGCAGGAAUCCGACAUACGAUUACACCGACGCAGUCAUCUGGACCGAACUGGAAGUAUACGUCACCGUCAUCGUACUCUGCCUGCCAUCGAUCCGGACCUUCCUCGCAGGCCUCAUGCCCAAAGGCUUCGGAAGCAAGCAUACCAAGACACCAGCAGCAGCGAGCAGGACAUUGCCGUCGGGGCGAACAGGUGCUUCGUCCAAAUGUCCCUCGAAGCAGUAUUCGGAGUUGGAGUCGGGACGCGGGACGGAGUCGAUCGAAAUGCCAAGGAGAGUGCGCGUAUCCGAGCAAGCAGCUGCCGAGAGGUACCGGGAUAAUGGGCCGGACGUUGACUAUUUUCGUUGGCACGGCGCGAAUGAUGUGUGGAUGGGGCCUUCGUCGGCAGGGCCGGUUGCCUAUGCCUCCAGAUACCCUGAUGCCUCGAGAUACCCCUAUGCCUCCAGAUAUCCGGAUACCUCCAAAUACCCGGAUGCCUCGAGGGGGGCGUACUCUUCUCAGCCAAGGCGUGGACCAUGA